AUGAAGCUCUUCCGCCCUUUUUGGGAGUGUCUGCUGCGUGGAACUUCGCUGAAAGCUAUUGUGAUGAUCAGCUUCUAUGUCUACUUGGUUGUCGGAAUCUCGGGAUGCAUGCAGCUCAGAGAGGAGACAGAUAGGCCAAUACCCCGUCCGGACGGACCAUCCGGGAAAGUCGAUCUUCCCGCGUAUUGGUACUUAGACCCGCUCGCGGGUUACCGAUAUGGACUUAACAUCAAUGCAGGCAUUGACUACUGGAAUGUUGAGACACGGGAACGUCUCAUGGCAAUGCUGGACGAGUUCGAAAGUACGACCCGUAACAGCACGAGGGUAUUGACGAAUUGUUGGUUCCAAAGAAUCCCCCGUCUGUUUGGAAUGGAGGAGGCGAGAAUCAUGUAUCCCAACUCAUCGAGAAGAGAUUAUCAAACAAUAGCCUUGAAGCAAAUGCUGCGCUUGAAACCAUUCUCCGAAUUCGAUCGGGAUAUUAAGUUCAACGAGAACGAUACGGUGAUCGUUGCCUCUCGAUGCAAACUCCGCCCGAUGCGUGUUGUAGACGCGAACGACGAGAAGCUCAUGGUACGCAACUUGAGGCGAAUUGUGGCUAAAUAUCCAGAUUUGAAUUCUAGUAUCAACGAUCCUUCCGGGGAGGGUGUUUUAGACAAUAUGUCGCUCGUCGUUCAUUGGAUCUCGAUUCCUCUUAUAAUUCGAUUAUUAAUAUGUUUUUGUUUCGCUCCCAAUUCCAUUCUAUCGUGCUUGUGGACUCCCAUGUCGGUGAUUUCAGUUGGAGUCGGAGCCGUCGGCUGCUUCAUCUGGUUCGGACUAGAUUGCCCGCCUAUAUUUUUACUUCUCGUGGUUUGGAAGGCCUUAUCGUUUCACGAGUUCUUCACUACGCCGUACGUUUUCCUCCAUAAAGCAGAGGCGGACUCAGAUGAGAAAAUGCGCGCGGCGUUCCGUUGCCUCCUGCUUCUAUUCGUGGAGUUCUAUUUCGCUGCUUCUUACUGUCUAUACAUGAUGCUCACGACCGAGACGCCCAAAUUCGUCUGGGUCUCUUUGCUCAAGGUUGUAACUCUGAUCAGCUCGUUCGAGUGCUUCCAUCACAUGCUGGUACUUCCCGCUUUUGUGACAUCGAAUGAAAGUUUCCGCAAGAUAAUAGCGAAAAUGAGUUCCAUUUCAUUGGUCUGA